UAAAUGUGUAGUAGUAUGCGUAUGAUGCGCGUAGAACUGAGCUAAUAAAAAAAUUACACUUUCACCCAUUCAUAUUUUCAUCCGUUUCGGACAUAUCUACUUCAAUUAGAUAAUGCUAUAAAUAAUUUUCUUUUAAACAAAUUCUCGAUCCCUCGCACAAAUAAAAUUUUUGGCCUGAUUGCAUGGCACUUCAGGACUUUACGUAACGAUUUUCUUUACAUAUCUUCGAGACCUUCAAGUUUUGUAACGAUUCGAUUAUCGAUCCAGUAAUUAGUUUCCUAUAGUUUACUUUUGAGCGGACACAUGUUGCACGUGUGAGUCUUAUCGCAUUGUCCGAUUGUCGUGGCAUCUUCCAACAGACCACAACAGUGAGCAGAAUUUAUACGAGAAGUUAUAGCCUAGCCUGCUUUUUCUAAAAAUGACCAUCACCCUUUACACUACUGAGAUGAAUGAGAAUAUGUCAUCAGAAGAAGAGGUGCUGACUGAUGUUUCUUGUGAGAUAUCUAAUCACGAUAACAAUGAAGUAUUAUCCCUUAAACCUACUUCUUUAGAGGAUCAAUCUAAGGAAGAUCAACCUAAGCAGGAUCAACCUAAGGAAGAUCACUCUAACAAGGAUCAACCUAAGAUAGCUCAACCUAAGAUGGAUCCACUUGAGGAAGAUCAACCUAAGGUGGAUCAAUCUAAGGAAAAUCAACUUAAAAUGGAUCAGUCUAAGAUGAAUCAAUCUGAGGAAGAUCGAUCUAAGGAAGAGCAAUCUAAGGAUGAUCAAUCAAAGGAGGAUCAACUGAAAGAGGAUCAACCUAAGGAAGAAUGGUUAGAUAUAAUUGGCAAUGGUCAGCUGAUGAAGAAAGUUAUAAAGAAGGGCACAAAAGAUGUAAAACCAAUACAAAAAGAUAUAUGUACAUUAAAAUUUACUGGUGUGCUUGAUGAUGGCACAGUGGUGGAAGAUCAAGAUAAUAUUUCGAUACAAUUAGGAGAUUUUGAAGUAAUACAGGGAUUAGACCUAACGAUUGUAUUAAUGGAAUUGGGUGAAAUUGCUGAAAUAAAAAUCAAUCCUAGAUUUGCUUAUGGCACACGUGGAGAAGGAUCUGUACCACCUAAUGCUACUAUUACAUACAUAGUUGAAUUGAAAGCAAUAGAGGAUAAUCCUGAUAUAGAAAGUCUAAGCGUCAAGGAAAGGAGAGAACUAGGUAACAAGAAACGCCAACGUGGAAACUGGUGGUUUGUUCGCAAGGAGCUUAAUUUUGCAAUACAGUGUUAUCGGAGAGCGUCAGAGUAUCUACAAAUAGACGGUAUGAAUUGGAACGAAGAAAAUGAAGAAUCAGGGCCGAUUACCGAUAGCCAACUGCAGGAACUGUUGGAUGAUUGCAUAAAAGUGUAUAAUAAUUUAGCAGCUGCAUUAAUUGAGAUAGGAUCUUACAACACAGCUUUAGAAAAUGUAGAGAGAGUUCUGAAGUAUCAACCAAAAAAUUCAAAAGCUUUAUUUAGAAAAGGAAGAAUAUUAAAAGCCAAGGGAAAUUAUGGAAAGGCUUAUAUGGCUUUCCUUGAAGUGCAAAAAAUAGAUCCAGAUAUAAAAUCGUUACAAACAGAAUUAAUGACUUUAAAAGAAAUAAUUUUAAAACAGACUGAGAAAGAAAAGCAUCUGUAUGCUAAAAUGUUGGGUAUAAAUAAAGAGACUGAUAAGUCAUCAAAGAAUAUAAAAGUAGAAGAAAAAAGUAAACUCGCUAAAGGAAUUCUAUGGACUGCGAUUGGAGCAUCUGCCGCUGUCAUCGGUAUACUUGUACACAGAUUUGUUUCAUGAAGAAAAAAGAAAAUGAAUAAAGACCAGAAUAAUAAACCAGAAUUAAAUGAGGUACAGAAUU